CGAAUUAUGGAGCGUCGCCCGUGUAUUCCCAACCAAAACCUAACACGUCACGUGAUUUCACGUCACGAAGUAGACAGUGACGAGACAUGUAGUCUGCAAUGUUACAUGGAAAAGUGGUGCGUCUCAUACAACUUAGGGCCAAAAAGUGGUGUCAACCGAGCAUGCGUACUCAGCCACUCUGACCACGUGAUUCAUCCUGGUGAUAUUCAAAAGGGAACAACAUAUGAUUAUUGCUUUUAUCAGAAUCCUUGUUCUUCAAAUCCGUGCUCUAGUGGUCGCUGUAGGCCAGACGAGACUUUCACAAAGUACGAAUGCGUUUGCUUUACUGAUGACCCAUGCUACAAAGGCUGCGAUCUUCCUUUGGGCAUGCAAAGUGGAGCUAUUCCCAAUGCUUCAAUCACCGCUUCAAGCUUCUUUGGCUCGGGACACGAACCUUUCCGGGCAAGACUGCAUUUCCAGGGACUUCACAAAAAAGAACAAUUCUUGAUAAAUUCCGGCUCAUGGUCUGCAAAGUCGUUGAAAGCUGGAGAAUACCUUCAGGUUGACUUGGGACAAAUAAAGUGGGUUUCCAUGGUAGCAACACAGGGAAGACCGACCUUCGAUCAGUGGGUCACAAGCUACACCCUUGCAUACAGUCAAGAUGGAGUGAAUUAUAAAAUGUAUACGGAAUUCCUUAACGAUGACGUCAAGGUAUUCCAAGGCAAUAGUGACAGAAACACAGUCGUGAAACAUGUUCUGCAGAGUAGGGCCAUCCAAGCAAAAUCCWUCCGAUUUAUCGUUAGGACAUGGAAGAGGUAUAUCUCGAUGAGAGCUGAAAUUUAUGGAUGUCCAUAUAAUUAAAACGAUCCGAAUUUCGAUAUGAAACCACUGGACGUUUACUGACAUAUAGAGAAAAACCAAAUGUAGCCUAUAGUAUCGAUAUAGUAUAUAAAAGUGCAUAAGGUUUUGAAAAUUAUUGUAGCCUUUAUAAACCCUUAGACACUUUCACUAAGGAAUAACAUAAGGAUUUGAAAAUCGUAGUCUUAAAAACCUUUAAAAAUUUUCACUGUGAAUAAAAAAAACACAAUAAAAUCGUACAAUUCAAAACGUGCAGUCACAUGCUGUCAAAUUAUGGUGGAUUUGCUCAAUCA